AGUCAGCAGAUGGCGAUGUGUGGGCUAUUUGCGUGACGUAGAAAAUAGUGGACAUGACGCCGCAAACCAACAACAACAAAGAUGGAGGCACGCUACUUUACCUCAGGUGACUGUAACGUUACUGUCGCCUAGCCUGUCUAGCGGUCAGCUAGCUAUUCCAGCGCCGCCGACCAACCGGCCCAGCCAUGAGCUCGCUAAGCUACUUCACCCCGGCCCGAGAGGAAGAGCUGCUGUGGUCGGGGAACGCAGGCGCAGCCACCGGACCUCAACCCAGCACCCUCGGAGGAGAGGAGGCACGGCGCUUCUAUCAAAGCGUCAUAGAAGAGGGGGGUGGAGGGGAGAGACGAGGAUUGGAACAGAGGGGGAGAGAGAACCGCAGGGGGAGAGAGAGGAGGGGAAGAG